AUGGCUUCGGCUUCUCCCACCGUUUCGGCGGCUCCGGGUGGCCUCGUCAACCACGCGGAAGCACAGGGACCUUCGGGACAGCCCCAGGCCCGCCACGGUGGCUCGAGUACGCUUGUACCCACUGCGUCCCCUCCCGACCCCUCGCGACGUUCCUCUACGGAGCACCAACGUCGCAUGGUGCUGACUGCACCACCGUUGCCGAGUAACGAUUUCCCAAAACCUAAAGGUUCGUGUUCUUUGUCACGAAAUAGUGGUCCCGAGCCUCCCGCGGCCGCUGGUCAUGCUGGUCGAGCGCCCGCGAUGAAGGCCGCUUUUAAUGAACAGGCCUACGCCGACGUUUUGCGCGAAAACGCCCGCGUAGACCGCUUGGUUUCGCACGCUUCUGCGGCUGGACCACCACUUUUGCCUGCCUCUCCUCGUAACUCACAAUCCGGCCCGCCUUCGGGUAGCACCCAGAUUGUCCUGCCGGUUGCCGGUGACAUUUCCCUUGAUGAUAUGUAUUCAGGGAAGGUAAGCGCACCCGCGCGGCAGACCCCUGUUUUUGAUGGAAGUCAGGAAUAUUACAACGAUGAGUUCAUGAUGGCGGAGAAAGCCCGCAUUUUCGGCGAUGAUGCCGCAUUGCCAAAAUCAUGGCCACCUCCGACUCCAGGGAACACAAGUCCCUUAGUCGGAAGACAGAUAGCGGAGGCUAGCCCUUAUGACGGAUUGUGGGUUGACUUACACGACUCGGGUUGGACCCCGGAAGCCAUCAACAGCCUGGCGGAUGUGCCGUGUGACUUUUGGGAUGUGUUUUCGCGGUCACCGUCCGAUUUCGGUUGCUGUUCCGUGAAACCGUUUCGUUUGGAAGUGCCCGCGGACGCGAAACCGUUAGCCUCGCGUCCCUAUAGGCUCAACCCUCUGGUGGAGAAGAAGGUCGAUGCAAUUCUCGAUCAAUACCUUGCUGCCGGUCUUAUCCAGCACUCGCAAUCGCCGUGGGCGAGCCCUCUGGUUGUCAUGCCUAAAAAGGACGUCAAUCUGCGUUUGACCGUGAACUACAAAAAACUAAACAAAUUGUGCAGCCUUGGCCAACAACCGCAGCCGCGUGUUGACCACAUCAUCGAUUCCCUGCACAAGGGCAAAGUGUUUUCCGUUUUUGAUCUAAACUCCGCUUUCCACCAGAUCACAGUCGAGGAGGACACGGUUCAGCUUACGGCGUUUUGCACGCCCACACAACUUUUCGAGUGGCUCCGUAUGCCUCAGGGAAGCUCCGUUGCACCGUCAUGGUUCACUAUGGUCAUCAACGAAGUGGUUAAAGGUCUGGACCAUGUGCUUGCGUACCUAGACGAUGUGAUUGUGUUUGACGCCGACCCCGUCCAUCAUGUCGCCAACACGGUUAUUUUUGGAGCGUUUGCGCAAGCGGCUGUAUAUUUUGGCCACACCAUCUCCCCUGCGGGUGUUAGUCUUCGUGCCGAUAAGGCCGAAGCCCUCAUAAAAAUGCCGCUGCCUAAUAACGUCAAGCAGCUGCGUUCUUUGCUGGGUGUGCUUUCGUAUUACCCCAAAUUCAUGACGGGUUUGGCCGUGCGCGUGAAACUACUCACCGACCUUUUGCGUAAGGACGCGAAGUUUUGUUAUACGCCGGCUAUGGCGGACACUGUCAAAGAACUCUUGGCGAAACUGUCCGAACCUCCGGCCGAUGGUUCCGUUCGCCCAAUUCUGUUCGUUAGCCGUGCUACGCUCGAAUCCGAGCGCAAUUGGACCGUGCUCGACUUGGAGGCUGGAAGUAUCGUGUGGGCAAUCAAACGCCUGCGCGGCUACUUUUGGUCUACGCACUUUCCGAUUUAUUCGGACCACAAGGCUUUGGAAAGCAUCGACAAGGUGGGUGAACACAACGCCCGCGUUCAACGUUGGCUCGAGUUUCUUGUCUCGUUCAAUUACACCCUUGUCUACCGCAAAGGCACUGCCAAAGCCAAGGCGGGUUUUCUUUCCCGGUUGCCCUUGCCGGCAACCGAAGCGGAUAGACACUGUGACACCAGUAUCGCAGUCGAUGACGUUGCGGGCGGAACGGCCAACAUUUUCGUCAACCGCUACAUGACGUUGUGGGGUUGUCCGGUGACUUUUCUUUCGGAUAACGGCAUGCAAAUUUGUUCCGAGCUGUCCAUGGCUAUUUACGAGCUGAUGAACAUCAGGAAAGUCACCACCAAUUCGUACCACCCCCAAACUAACGGUGGGGCGGAGCGUGUUAACCACACCAUGGCUCAAAGGCUUGCUGUUGUGACUGAGCGUCAGGACGAUUGGGGCGUCCAUCUUCCCCAUGUAGAGUUUGCAUUCAAAAACUCGGUGAACACCGCCACAGGCUUGGCGUCGAAUGAAGUGCAUAUUGGACGGUUGCCCCGUCUCCCGCUUUCUGUUUUGGACCACCCUAGCGUGGGUGGCCAUCAAACAACUUUCCCAUCUCAACGUGGUCGUGGACAAGCGUGUCAACCACAGUACCUUCAUCUAUCUUUAGGAGCAAGCUACCGCCUACGGCAUCACUCCUUGAAACUUGGCGUCAGCUGGCAUUACACGGACACCAUGUCCAGCGGCAAUGUGGAACUCCUCGGCGACAAUGUGGAAAUCCUGGAUUACGAACCCGAGGGCGAGGCUCCCACCGCAGAGCAGUUUCCAGCGGCGGGUGCAGAAGACGAGAGCCCCCCCAUGUCCAUGGUGUUCACCGUCGAUGAUUUGCUGGACAACAUCGCCACAGCAGAUCCGGCGGAACUGGAGCGGGCCUACAACACCGGACGUGUCUCGCUGGAGGAUAUUGUAGAAGCGGCCCAUCUGUCGUCCGAUUCCCCCUUUUUCGUUCCUCCUUUCUCGCUCCCGCCGGACGACAAAUUAAUCCUCUUGCCCCACGACGAGUUUAUGGCGUACCAAAGGUUGAACGAGAUGUGGUGCGAUGGUCUUGCCGGGAAUAUAGCAGAGGCGGACGCGCGAGAGCAGGCGAAGCGCGAGGACGCGGAGCGCUUGGCGGAGCGUGAGGCUGCUCUGGCUGCUGCGGCGAGGAAGCAGGAGGAGGAGCGUGAGGCUGUUCGGGCUGCUGCGGCGAGCAAGCAGGAGGAGAAACGUGAGGCUGCUCUGGCUGCUGCGGCGAGGAAGCAGGAGGAGGAGCGUGCGACUGUUCUGGCGGAGCGUGAGGCGAAUCUCCAAGCGGCUACGGCGAAGCAGGGGGCGCUCCGAUCGCGGCUGAAGGAGCUGGAGCCGCGCCACCAGGACCCGCGAGCAGCCCCCCACCCCCCUCGCCGUGUUAUCGUCCCCUCCCCCCACGCAAUCCCAGGUGCCCCUUGGUUCCCAUCGUACCACCUUGCCGCACGAGAAGGAGCGGGAGGUGGCGGCCUCUCCGACGAACGAGAAGGAACGGGAGAGGAUAGCGACUCCGGAGUUUUCGGUGGCUUUGGGUCUUCCGGCCGGUGCGUAAGACGGAGCAUCUUUUGCGGCGGCAACCACGGUGUACGAAUUCCACGUUGGAGAUACAGCGUUCCUGUCCCGCCCGCUGGAGAUGCCUGCAGAAGAUGUCUUUGUUCGACGAUGAGGACAAAUUGGCAGUUCUUUUUGCAUGGGCUGGCAUCAAACAACUUGUCAUUUCACGCCCUGCGCAUGGUUCUGGAGAGGACAAGGACUACUGUUGGUCGGCGGCUCCUGUGUCCAAGAGCUGGAAGGACCGUUGGGGCGACCGGGAUUCGACGGCCAAGAGCGGGACGGACGACCACCGCCGCUCCACCCAGUCUUCACGAGGGCGCGGCGUCGGAGAUAACAGGCGAGGGCGAGGGCGAACCGUGGGGAACCAGCCUACCAGGUCUUCGCCGGCGAGUCGCCAUCGCCGGAGCAGGAGUCGGAGCGCAGAACGUCAACAGCGCAUCAAUCCUUCGUCUAGGCGUGGGCGCAGCCGGAGCGGAGACCGUCGUGGGAGAAACACGCCUCCGUCUUGGCGUAGCCGCAGCCGGAGCCAGAACCAGAGCGGGGGCAACAGCAGGGCGACCAGCACUGACAGCAGUCGCGGCGGAAAAGGGCGACGGAGGUCAGGCCACGGUAGAAAACCAUCUGCGCAAGGAACCGGCAGGGCCCUCGACGUACGCCUUUUUCAUCCAGAAAUUGGCGGCUGCCUGGGACACUCAAGACAAGAGCUCGGGGAUUGAUCGUCUUCGCAGUUUUGGCGUAUCCAACGGCGAGACUUACGGAGAAUACAUUCGUCGCUAUAAGGCUCUGGCCAUGACCGUCAUGGUUUCCCACCACGCGUUCAAGCCUUCGGAUGCGCAAGUGCAGAUAGCUGUUCGAGACUUCAUGUUGAAGCAGUUUCCGGUAGUGUCUGGGCAGGUAUACAAGGAUGAGCAGCUCUCCAUGGAAGCCCCUUUUGGGCGACAUGCUUCGUGUCUGGAUGAUAUGUGGGAUGUGUUGGACAAGCGUGCGUUCGCGUACACGCCGGCGGUGCAUGGAGAUGAUAUCUUUUCGGUACCUCCCACGCAUGCUAGGAGUUCGUCUGCUGUUUCGCGUGCCGGAGCUUCAUCGGCGAUGCGUUCGACGGUGACCCCUUCGUGGAGCCAAGGUUCUUCGGCCGCCGUGAUGAGUGUUGACCCUCUACCUAAUGAUGAUCGGGACCCUUUUCUGUUGCACUACAGCGACUGGCCGUUGCAAGGACACUUCCAAGAGGUGUACAACGUCGCUAGUGAGAUGGCUCUAACCAAGAAUGAUCCGCCAUUGUUCACCCCCUUGGUCUCGGCUGAAGAACGCCGCAACGUGCUUCGACUGUACAAGGGCAAGUGCCUCAACUGCUUAGGAGAAGACCACNCAAGUGUUGACCCUCUACCUAAUGAUGAUCGGGACCCUUUUCUGUUGCACAACAGUGACUGGCCGUUGCAAGGACACUUCCAAGAGGAUUACAACGUCGCUAGUGAGAUGGCUCUAACCAAGAAUGAUCCGCCAUUGUUCACCCCCUUGGUCUCGGCUGAAAAACGCCGCAACGUGCUUCGACUGUACAAGGGCAAGUGCCUCAACUGCUUAGGAGAAGACCACUCCUUCAAAUCCUGCCGCCCGCCGGAUCACGGAGCGUUGCGACUUCGCCCGCUCCUGCCUCGCUUUCUGGGUCCUCCCCGUCGGAGAAGAGGACCCGUCCGCCUGGUCCACCCCCGCCUGUGCCUGGUGCCCGCUCUUUACCCCUUCGCCCUUCACCGGCUCCGCCGUUUGAUGACAAGUGCCGAGUACGCUUCGGAUGACGUCCUUCUGUUCUGGAAACCUCCGCCUGUGUUCUCGCAAUGUACUCCUUCGGCUUUUGACGUACUGGGGAUCCUAAGACACACACACAAGUUUUUGGGUCGAAGUGUGCGUCCUUUCGACUAUGCUGAAUCGGAGCGUCGUCGUGAAGAGAUCGAGCUUACGGGGUCGUACGCCAAAUUUGCCCAAAACCAUGAUAUAAAAUAUUAUCUACUGGAGACGGGUACCCGCCUCCUUGCAGAAGCCAGCCCCUUCGAUCGUGUUUGGGGUAUCGGCAUGUCUGCAUGCUUUCCAGAUGCAGGCCGAUUCUCUUCGUUCGCGUCGUCGACCUCCUCCGUCUCCUCCCGAUGUGCCGCCGAAGUUAGCCCUAGCGCCGGCAGCAGCGCCGGCAGCAUGCCUGGCGGCCUCGUUGGCGACCACCGCUACGACGAACAGCAACAACGCCGGCCACCAGCAACCGGGCAGCGGCAGCGACGUGGUCGACGACGUCUGCUCGCCAACAACGAAGGCGCCGGCCGCGGCCGCGCCGCGCGCAGGACAAAUACGAAGGACGAUUCAAUCUUUAGGGGAGAGGUCUCGCUCUCACGCGCGAGUGUGUUGAAAGGCACGUCAGGCGUGAUGGCGGGGUUGUUGUUGGCGGGGGUUGGGGGGGGGCUUGGAGGGAUCGUCGGCGCGCCGGCCGCGGCGAGGGCUGAGCAUGGGCAGCAGCAGCAGCAAGAUAAGGAAGGGGCGUUUGAGGAGUACGCGUCGCCCGACGGGAGCUUCGCGCUGCGGUAUCCGGUCGGCUUCAAGGGGUUCUCCAAGCCGCUGAAGACGCACAAGGUCGAGGUGAACUUCAAGAGCGAGGAGGUGAAGGGGUACGAGGUUGGCGUGGCGAUCGACCCGGUUAGGAUAGAGUCCCUGGAGACGUUUGGAACUCCUGAGGAAGUAGGCGCGAGGGUGCUCAAGGUGGAGCAGGCAAAGGACGGAACGCUAGACACCAAGCUCUUGGACACUAGCGCGGAAAAGCAGGGGGACUUGUCGCUCUACACCUUGGACUACUUCGUGGAAAACACGAGGGGCUUCAAGCACUUCGUCGCGAAGGUGACCAUCAAGGACAACCUCCUGUACGCUUGCACGGCGCAGGCCAAGGAAAAGGAUUACCCUCAGGUGGAGGCUGAGCUAAAGCACAUUGUCGAGAGCUUCCGGGUCCCGGCGUGACUCGACGCAAAGGUAGCGGCCACNGGGGGGGGGGGGGGGGGGGGGGGGGGGGGGGGGGGGGGGGGGGGGGGGGGUGACGCAGAGCUCUGGUGGCAACGGACAAUAGUCAUUCGGUACAGGGCGAGGGUUAAGAGGCGUUUGUUUUUGCUACGAUAGUUAACCUCGAGGUUUUAGGAGACGGCUAAGGGUGGCGUGGGGCGGGCCAUAGGUGGCGUCAUGUAGAGCAAGAUAUUUUUUCGAGUUUCCAUUCAGCAUCAUGUUGGUCUACAGCAGUAUUUUGGGCGUGUCGCUUGAAAUUGAACCACGGUGCUGCUGUGUGAACCUUAAGACAUCAAGGGGGAGCAGCUCUGGACACCGCUUUAAGGAACGAGACAUGUGUAACAUGGUGCAGUAUCCUGUUGCGACAUUGCAAAGGGUUUAUCCGCAGACCGAGACGUUGGGGGCAUGUGUAUGUAGUACAGGAAGGAGGGAGGCUGCCAUACAGGGGAGAUUUGCUGGUUUUUGUCGCAUGGCGGGGUGGUUCCCAGCGAUGGAUCGUGCACGGUCGUAGAAAAUAUGGCGCCAACGGACCAGAUAGACGACGUUGCACGACUCCCUCGACUUGUUGACUGACAGAGAUCAUGCCUUCUCGGGCAUCAAUUGGAGGUGGGUAGGUCAUGAACGGUUCCCGGUAGGGGGGAGGGGGGGGGGGCUCCCACGGUGAACGUUGUUAGCGGAUGUGCGGGCUUGAUUGCCGAUGCUUCCGGUAUACUGUUCUCGAGUGUUGUGAUUGGCCUGGGGUUGGAGCACAUGAGCAUUUCGCUGUGGAGUAAAAGGGAUAUAUCAGUCUGCAGUCGUGUAUCCCUUGGUUGAAAUGAAACACCAUCGAAACGUGCAUACAUGCCCAUUCUACCAAACCGAUCCAUCCUCAAAUGGUGGAGCCCCGCCUCGGCAGUAGUUCUGCUGUAUGCGCACGGAGGUGUGUACCCGCGGGGAUGAUAUAGGCGCGCAUUUUUUUCCUUUUUUUGUUGGACGCCUUUGUUUGUCAGUAGCCGUCGUAUGUGGGCGGGGAGUACCCAAACACUGACAACGUGCGGAUUGUUUGAUCCCAAAUGACGAUUGCAUGAUGUACCCGAGCUGUAUACUUUUCUUCGAGUAUACUUUUCACGCCGCGAUGGCAGAUAAUGUGACGCUAUUCCCUGUUCCUUUGAUCCCCACCCCCUCGCUCUACUGGUAGUCGCGCGCCCCGAACGACUCCAAACAACGACGAAAACACGCUACGGAGAUACCGCCUCCGUUUCUCUUCCUCUCCCUCCCCCUCCCUCUCGCCAUAUCCGCCGUCGUCUGAACAACUACCUUCCCACCAACUCGUCGCCCGCAAGCAGCCCAACCAUCAUGACGACCACAUGAUGCCACGUGCAACAUCUUCUAUUUGUCAAGCCGCCCGUAACAUGCCAAGCGCAUGGUGGACCACCUGCUGCAUAACGAUUCAAAAAUAUCAAUCCCACCCCUCUACCCCAGCCCCC